AUGGUAGAGGAAAUGUACCAGCAAGAGUUCUCAGAUGAGAAGGUACAACCAUCACAAGCGUCGGGGACCAGUGAGCCAAAUUCUGACGAUAACUAUCCCCAGGCCACGUCAGCGGGAAAAAAGGACCCGCCGGAAAACUCCAACGUGGCCAAUAGUAGUAGUUACAGGCGGGGAAAACAAUUAAUGGAGCCGCCGUCCGGCGACCUAACGCCGGCGGAGUACCGGCGCUUGGCGGCAGGAUUGGGAUCGGGGUUUGGUUUGGUCGGUGGAGAGGGGACCCAUGAGGUGUCACUUACCCUGGGACUUAGGCGCUCGGGAAAUGUGUCUAAAAUGAGUCAACUCUCCAUUAGAGACUUCCAACCUUAUUAA